CAUGUGAGUAAAUGGCAGUGACGGGAUCCCGCCAUCCUUUCAACGACCUACUAUGGGCAUCUGCCUGGACACUGAUCAACAAAAUGGAUCGCAAGUGUUCGCGGAGGCUGAUGCUCGAAAUACAGGAAAAUGGCGGGGGGAGGCUGGGUUGCUGGCGACCCCACCGAACGGUUACUUCCCGCAGCAGAACGUCGGCCCGGUUAAAUUCGAAGUACCAAAAGUACCUGUUAUAUUCGUACUCGGUGGUCCGGGUAGCGGAAAGGUGACACAUUGCGAUAAUUUACUGCAGGAAAAGAAGGGCAUCACGCACAUUAAUAUGAUGGACCUUCUUCAACAGUACGCUUUAGGAAACGAUAUGCAAGAUUUCGGGCAGCUUAGUAGUAAAACGGUCGCGGAGGUCCUGAUGCUAGAGAUAAAGAUGUCGCCUGGGUCCAAAGUCUUUCUCGUCAGUGGAUAUCCGCGUAACAUGCGCGACGUAGUCGAAUACGCCGAAAAGAUAAAAAUUGUAAACGGUGUGAUCCUGGUCUCGUGGAGGCAGGAAAUUCUCGAGAGGCAAAUCGACUUCGGGGCGCAACUAGGGCAGGUGGUGAUCGAACUGGCCAGAAUGGAACUUUAUAAUUUUUAUAGGAACGUUAUGCCAGUCGCGGAGUACUUCGAUCAAAGUGGAAUGUUAGUCGAGGUGAACGGGGAAAGAAAUCCAAAUGAGGUUUACGUCGAUUUUCGCGAGGCGGUUUUCAAGAUACUUGGCCUACCGGCGACUGUCGAGCCGAAGAAAAAAAGUGCUCUUCAAUCCUUAGAAGCAGAGGUAGAGGUAGAAAGGCGAAAAGAAAUCAAGUCGAAGACGCCGCUCCUGCCAAAAAAGGAGGAACCAGCGGAAAUGGCGCAACCGCCGGUCGUGACGCAACCGCCGGUCGUGACGCAACCGCCGGUCGUGACGCAACCAUCGGUCGUGAUCAACAACGAGGAGCCCUUGAAAACCGCGAAUAAACCUAGAAAGGGAUUGCCUUCGUUUAUAUGGGUGAUAGGUGGCCCAGGGAGCAACAAAGAGAAGUUGUGCGCCCAAGCUGUUCGGAAUAUGCCCGGCUGGGUGCUGGUCAGUGUCGGUGUUCUGCUCAGAACAAUGGCAUCGACGAACACCAUCGUCAAGGACGCAAUCGUUUCCGGCGAGCUGGUCCCGCAGGACAUAGUGAUGCAAGUUCUCGAACAGCAGGUCCUUUUGAACCGUGACACGGAUGGCGUGAUUAUAGACGGCUAUCCCAGGGACCUGAAUCAGCUUCACGAGUUUCAGAGCAAGUUCGGGCAAAAACCACCUCUGGUGCUACUCGAUUGCUCGAAGUUACAGCUUGGCAGAGGGAGACUAGACGACAACGUCUCAGCGUUUAGGAAAAGAUUAGAUCUCUUCCGUGAAAUGUCGUUGCCUAUGCUGAAGACAUUGGACAGUGAAAAUCGUUUGACGAUUAUCGAUGGCGACACGGACGUGCCGAGCGUGCAGCAAGAAUUCUCGGCCGCGCUUUAUCAGCUGAUGACCAAAGUGCGACGCAAAGAGGAGGGACAUCUACGCGGUCCUCCGUCGCCAUUGGUGAAAGAAAACGGGACCGAUACGAAUUCAAACCCGAUAGUCUCCAAUAACAAUCAAACGAUCAUUCCUAACGGCAUUCCCAAAGAAAUAAUCGGUGAGAAACCGGACAUCGAAAAUGUCAUAAACGCUACGAAAAAUAUGAACGGUCUCUCCCUCGGGGGCGCAGUACGAAUCGCCAACGGAUUGCAGAACAUCAAACAGGCUCAGAAAAAUGGUGUUGCCCGCGUGCAAAACGGCAUCGCGAACGGCGCCGCGCACAUGUUGCAGAACGGUGUCGCGCAUUUGGCCAACGGGAUUGUGCCAGGCAACAACAAAGUUGCGCCGGCCGUUCAGAAUUAUCUACCGAACGACACCAAAGACGCUGUGAAGAAAAUGUACAACGAGGUCGAGGGUUACCAGCAAAAUUUGCAUAUGUAA